GUGCCAUACAUAUAAAGAUAAAAAUCAAAGAACUAUAAAGUUGUUUUUUUUUUAAAUCUCCCUGCGAGUUUAAGAAAAUAAAAAUUUACUCAAGAAUUAUAUUUAUAACACUCACAACUUCAAGCUCAUUAAGAACCAUGAUUUUUUUACCCACAGCAAAGACUAUUAAGUGCGAUAUUGUGAUAAAUAACAUUAAACAAACAUUGAAAAUGAAGACGGUGUUAAUGGUGGCAGAAAAGCCAUCGUUGGCUCAAUCACUAGCUAAAAUCCUGUCCAAUGGCAACAUGACCACAAAGAAAGGAUCUAAUGGAGCUUGUUCUAUCCAUGACUAUGUGGGAAAGUUCAACGGUGAACAAGUUCACUUUAAAAUGACAUCUGUCUGUGGGCAUGUCAUGGGCUGUGAUUUUCCUGGAAAAUACAAUAACUGGGAUAAAGUUGACCCGGUAAGUAAUUUCCCUUUAUUUGACUUAUUACGUCAAUUAAAGUUUUUAAAUACUGGUAUUCUUUACUGAUCAUUAUUAAUGAAAAAAUAUUUGAUAAACGUUGAAUGGCAGCCAAUGUUCCCUCUAAGGUUUGCUGGUUCGUGUGCAAAAUCAUACAGUUGUGUACAAAGUUUUACAGCAUCAAUUUUUUUUUGUGCAAAAUUUUACAGCCCACAAACACACAAUUACAUGGAAAUUUGCUGCGCUGAUACUCAAAACUGCUGCGCAGCAUCUGUGAGAUAGCUGCGCGCAGCUGAAAGGGAACAUUGAUGGCCGCCUUAAAAUUUCAUUUUUAAGAAAAAUAUCUUGUGAAAACAUACUCCUAAACAGAUACCAAAUUUUUUUGCGGCAGAAAAAGUUGUAGACAAUUUCUUUUAUUGUAUUAGAAAAGUCAUCUAUACUUCAGAUUAUAAAAAUUUCUUUCUUACCUCAAUAUCUUCAGGUUGAAUUAUUUACAGCUCCUAUUAGCAAGAAAGAAGCCAAUCCCAAUCUUCAUAUGCCAUUAUUUCUAAGGAAGGAGGUAGUCACUAAAAUAAGAGCCAAUAAAGCAUGAUAAAUAUUGACUCUUUAUCUAAAAUAUGCUUGCUUUACCUUAAUAACUGUAUAAAAUAAAUAUCAAACAUUUAGAAAUAUGUUUUUAAAAAUUGUUCAUAUUUUCCUUAGGCAACAAAUGUUGACUAUCUUGUUUUAUGGUUGGAUUGUGACAAAGAAGGAGAAAACAUUUGCUUUGAAGUUGUUGACUGUGUAAGAAGUGCCAUGAAUCGUGUACCGGGACAGGUAUUUAUUGGCAACUAGCUGAAGAAUUGUACAAUUAGAACUUUACAAAUAUCCAGAAUGUGUAGCUAAUAAUACAAUUUAAAUUAGUCAAUUUAUCAUGUUGUAAACAUUUUGUGUAUAAAUAUAUACUUAAACCAUUAAUACUUAUGGCUUAUUUAAUUUAAUAAUUUGUCUGGUGUUUGGAUGGAUUGUAAAUAGAGUAAAUUAUAAAGAAUUAAUAAAUAUAGUCCAAUGGAAGUUUCAACUCAAAUGAAAAGACCUAAAACAAACAUGACAUUUAAUAAGGGUCCUUUGCAUAUUUUUAUAGUUCCCACUUGAGUUUAAUAAAAUUUGCUUUGACACCAGCAAAUUUACCGUGCACGGUUCAGUGCCAUCACAGAAACUGACAUCAAACACGCCAUGAACAACUUGGUUCAACCCAAUAAGAAUGAAGCAUUGUCUGUGGAUGCCAGACAGGAAUUGGAUUUACGGAUAGGGUGUGCAUUCACUCGGUACCAGACACGUUUUUUCCAGGUAUAUAUUUUGUUUCUUUCAUCAUCAUCAUCAUCAUCGCCUGUCAUCCCAUCUGGGGCAUAUGCCACAAACAAAGGCUCUCCAGGCAUCCCGGUCUUGGGCAAGUCUCUCCAACUGUCCCCAGUUGUGCCCACUCUUUUUGGUGUCUGCCUCCAGUUCCCUUCUCCAAGUUGUUUUGGGUUGACCUCUUUUUUCUCUUGCCCUGGGGGUUGCAAGUGAGGGCUUGUCUCGUGAUACUUGAUGCAGGAUUUCUGAGGGUGUGGCCAAUCCAUCUCCAUCUGCGCUGGCAGAUUAACUCUUCCACUGGUUCUUGUUGUGUGCGCCGCCAGAGAUCCUUGUUGGUUGUCGCGAAGCGAUUCUUCUGUAUGGCCAAGUCUUUCACUUCAUUCCAUUCGGCAGUACAUCAUACAGCAACAGUCACCAAUGCAACAAACAUCAACCGGUUUGUUGUAAACAGAAGUUUAUUUAACCACAAUUUACAAACCAAGGCUGAUACUUAAUGUCGAAGCAACAAUCGAAUUCUUUCAGCACAACUCUUAAUUUAAUUAACCGCAAUUCCCAAACUAUGUUUGAUACUUAAUUUCUCAGCACAACACUUAGCAGUAUUCAAUUCACAACAGUCAAUGUAGCAUAUCCGCCAUCUAUCCUCUCUAACAACACUAAAAAACUAACGCGUCACUUCCCACUACACAAUUACGUCACAACACUCUCACACAAACGAUACAGCUGCACAUAAAAUCUCUAACUAACAUCUUUUCCCUAUCAAACAUGAUAACAACGCUCUACACAUAACAACAGUGAUUCUCAUACCCUCGACAUUGGUGAUGACGUUGGGCCAGCGGAUUAGUAAAAUCGUUCGGAGACAUGAGUUGAUAAACGUCUGUAGCUUUUUAGAAUCAGCUGCUGUUGUUUGUCACGGUCAGAUCGCGUGAGUUUUUCUGUGUCAACUUUUAUAAUGUUAAUUUGACCAAUCGUGGGUGAGUUUCUUUUCCCCGUGUGCCCCACGGGUUUUUAUUUUUCUCGGUCUGGUAUGACCGGUGUGCUGUGUCGGGAGGAACCACGUGAGAAUAAGAGUUGUGAGAUGAGUUUUUAAGGGGUGAAGAGUGGCGAGUGCUGUGGAUAUGGUGUAUGAUUUCUGUCUUGUGAAGGCAGUGAGUUUUUCUACGGAUGGAAGAAGACUUGUGUAACUUUGUUUUGUAGAGUACGUGGAGGUUUUUUUGCUGGACACGUUUUGUUCUGAACACCAGAGUUUAUUUCUUAUAAAGUUUUCCAUUGUUAGGCACACAUAGCCAAUAAAUAAGAAAAACCUGAAUCUCUGCAUUGUUUGUUUGAUACUUGGAACAAGAGUCAGCUCUGUAGGAGCUAGAAAUAAAGGGGUUCUAGACCCUUGAAAAUUGUUCUGUGGCUAGUGCGCAGGGGACCGACCUCUAGACAACGUACGUCACAUCACAUUGUUCACCAUGUUUCUGCUCCUUAUAGCAAGACAGGUUUCACUGUGGUGUUGAAUACCUUGACCUUGGUCUGGAGGGCAAAAUUGCUGCAGCUCCAGACCUUUUUAGCUGGUUAAACUUAAAUGCCGCUUUUGCCUUACCAACUCUCACUCUUAUGUCGGCGUCUGUCCCUCCUUGUAUGUCAAUGAUGCUGCCGAGGUAUGUAAAGCUACCCACCUCCUCAAGGUUUGUUCCUUCCAGUAUUAUAGGUGUGUUGCGUGAUGUAUUUAUUUGAAGGCCUUUGCUUUUUCCUCUAUGGAUGUUCAGGCCGAUGCAAGCAGAGUACUGUGCUACAUAAUUGGUUUUCUCUUGCAUCUGUUGCUGUGUGUGUGAUACUAGGGCCAGAUCAUCCGCAAAAUCCAGGUCAUCAAGCUGUUUCCAUAGUCUCCACUGGAUACCAUUUCUCUUCUGCUCUGUAGACAUUUUCAUUAUCCAAUCAAUGGUCAGCAGGAAUAAGAAAGGCCAAAGAAGACACCCCUGUCUGACACCGGUCUGUACCCCAAAAGCCGUAGUUGUUUGUUGGCUGUGGACAAUUCUGCACAAUAGUCCUUCGUAAGAAGCCUUAAUUAUGUAUGUCAAUUUUUGUGGUACCCCGUAGUGUCUAAGCAGCUUCCACAGUGUCUGCCUGUCGACACUAUGAAAAGCCUUCUCAUAGUCAAUGAAGUUGACGUAUAAUGGCAAGUUCCGCUCCAGAGAUUGUUCCACAAUGCAGGAUCUGUCUUUUCUGAACCCUGCUUGUUGGUCCCUAAGAUUGGUGUCUAUUGCUUCCCUCAUUCUGUUUAGCAGCACUCUGUUGAAUACUUUGCUUGGGAUGGUGUUACGCACUGACUUGUAUUGGGAGAAAUUAAUCUCCUAUUUUAAUUUUAAUUUGGCUCGAUGUAAACAGUGCCUAACAAAGGACGAUACCAUAGAAUCAACAAUAUUAAAGAUACGACCCAAAACAAUUUCUAGUUACAAUUUAUUAAGAUUUAUUAUUUCUUAAGAUAAUUACAAAAAUAAAAUAAAAUUACAAUCUUCAACUUACAGUAUGGUAGAUCUCGUACCGGUACACAUUUAAUACCAUUAGAAAUAUAAGAUAAUUACAAAAAUAAAAUAAAAUUACAAUCUUCAACUUACAGUAUGGUAGAUCUCGUACCGGUACACAUUUAAUACCAUUAGAAAUAAUGAUGCCAAUAAAUAAUGCGAAAUAAACACAUAUAAGUAGGAGCACACAAAUACACAAAGAAUAAAACACGCCUCGUAAUGUUAAGAAAAUCUAUGUGAAAAAUCUCCGUCUCGUCGUGCCUGUCAAUCCCUUAUAUAGGUGGAUCUACCGACGCCUAAGCCCUGCCUACUACAAGCUACAUGACAUUUCGAGAAAAAUCCCGUUUAUUCUACAAAACACUACUUGGAACAGAUUAAUUAUUUUUAGUGGCUGGCGGUGUAAAUAAGAAUACUUCAAAGGCCUAAGCCACACCCCUUUGUGAACACAGCGUCUCAUGCGGGGUCAAUCAGAGGGCACACACGAGAAAUAUUAUGUAAACAAGCUCUCUAUAACAGAUGGAAAGCAGGGUUAUUCCUCUAUAGUUAGAACAAGAACUAAGGUCUCCUUUCUUCUGGAGCAUAAUGGGGUGUUCUUCUUUCCAUUCAAUUGGUAUCUGUUCUUCCUCCCAUAUUUUCUUGAAUAGUGUGUGUAGCACUUCAGUGCUAGUCGUAAUAUCUGCUGUCAAGGCUUCUGUCGGUAUUCUGUCUGGACCUGCCGCCUUGCCUUUCUUUAGUUGUUUAAUUGCUCUGCAUAUUUCUUGCUUUGUGGGUGUGCUGCAAUCUAUUUCUAGAUCUUUUUCGGCUGGCUCUAUGUUGAGUGUAUGUUGUGGUGCUGGCCGAUUGAGGAGUUCUUCAAAAUGCUCUAUCCAUCUUUUUUUCUGACCCUCCUCAUCAGGUAUUGAUUGCCCAUCUUUUGUUUUAACUGGUCUCAUUGGAUUUUUGAACUUUCCAAGAUAACUUUUUGAUUGUACUGAAUAAAAUGUAUUAAAAUGUAACAUCUCUACCGGCUAAACAAAAAAUGAGAUUUAAUGUUAAAAUAUUUCAUUGGUAAUAUACUAUUAAUGACCUACACUAAUUUGCUCUGACAGUGCUCCUCACCAAAAAAGUCCUCAUUUGUUAAAUGCUUUAAGAAAAGUUUAUAAAUUAUUAGUUUCCAUGAUUUAAUGUGUCAUGGGAUGAAUAGUUUGAAAACUACUAGUCUAUACAAGUUAAAAGGUUAGGUCCUACAUGACAUCUUGUGACAUAAAAGUUGAAUCGUACUUGUUAGCUUGUGUUAUAUUUAAAUAGUUGAGUCUACAUGACAGCUUGUGACAUAUAAUAUAUAAAUAGUGCAUUCUAAAUGACAGCUUGUGACAUAUUAUAAGUAGUUGAGUCCUCCAUAACAUCUUACGACAUAUUAUAUAUAUUUGAGUCCUACAUAUUAGCUUGUGGCUUAAAAAUAAUCAAGUCCUAUAUGUCGAACAUGUCCAAGAUUAGAUUCUUGUAUUUACUUGUGGCUACUUUUAUUAUUCAUUAUUCUGUUAACAAUUUGAACUUCUGCAUCUUCUUCCACCCUAGGGUAAAUAUGGGGAUUUGGACAGCACCCUAAUAUCUUACGGUCCUUGUCAGACCCCAACACUUGGAUUCUGUGUGGAACGUCAUGAUAAAAUUCAGUCUUUUAAACCAGAAGCGUAUUGGGUCAUCAAUGUACAGGUUUGUCAUAGUUAAGACUUAAUGGCAAUAAGAAUAAUAAUACAGUGCACAAUUCUAAUACACAUCUCAUAAGUGGCACAAAGUUAUAAUGCCAAAUAUUGUUCAAUACUUUUACUACCGGGUAUUUACAAUGUGUUGACUGUCACAAAGAGAAUAUUAUUAGUAUUAGCAUAAUAUUGUGAUGUGCUGUUUAGUUUAAAGAUCCAUUAUAUCACUUUUUCUGUUCAUGAUGAAAGAAUUUAAAAAUGUAUUUGAUUUUUAUAGAUUUAAUGACAAUGCCAGGCAAAGAUAAAUAUUCCUUCAAGUUGAUAAAACGUUGACCUAAUAUAAUUUUGAAGAGAAAAAAACUGCCUACAUUUUACAAAUUUUCACUAAAACACUUGAAUACAUGUUAUACAAAGUUAUUGAAAAUGUCAAUGUUCCAGUGCCUUUUUUUGCAAAUAGAGAUUGGGCAUGAAAGUAUUGUUACAAUAAGUAACAAGAGAUGUUUUUUUUCAUUCUAGGUCUUGCUACCCAAUGGCAAGUCACUUUAUCUCGACUGGGAGAGAGUGCGGCUGUUUGACAAGGAAGUGGCACAGAUGUUUGUCAAUCGAAUCAAGGCAGGUGAAGGAGCUCAGUGAGUACGGUGCUCAUGUCAUCUGAAUCCAAUGUCAUCUGAAUCUAAUGUCAUUUUAAUGAAAUCAUGGUGUGAUAAUUACAGUCAGAUAAUAAUGACCAAUCUAUUCAAUGACAAAAUGGUAUCAUUUUUGUGUAUCACUUUUAAGUAGACAAUGUUGAGAUGGCAUGUUGGGGGGUAUUUGUAGACAUACUGGUACAUCAAAGUACAGAUAAUGUUGAGAUGGCAUGUUGGGGGGUAUUUGUAGACAUACUGGUACAUCAAAGUACAGAUAAUGUUGAGAUGGCAUGUUGGGGGGUAUUUGUAGACAUACUGGUACAUAAAAGUACAGAAUACUGUAGUAUGCAAACAUAAAUUACAUCUAAUACAGGUAAUACACUAUCUAAGGAAAUUCAUUAAAAAAAGAUAUUAUUAUAUAUAAAUUGUGUCCAGAUUUUUAUAUUAAAAUUAUUUUUUCGGGGCAAUACAGAGAAAGGAUAAGAAAAAGGAAAUGUUUUUAAAAAAGUUAAGGUUCAUAUUUUUCUUUUCUGAACAUGGGGUAAAUUAGCGAAUUGACUGUUUAUUAUGUCAAGAUGCUACUGCAUCUAAAGGUCAAGAUGCUUCUGUAUCUAAAUGUCUUUGUGUUCUUAAUGGUUUUCUCAUGUAAAUCUUUCAAUCUAACCAGGGUCAUAGAAACAAUCCAAAAGAAGGGAGAGAAGCCCAAACCCUUGGCCCUCAACACCGUGGAGAUGCUAAGAGUUGCCAGUUCUGGCUUAGGUUAGUCCUUGAAACUAAGUCGGUGGUCGGCAAAAUCAUCUGUCAAAAGAGCCAAACAUCAGCAGCAGGAAGACUAAAAAAAAAUUGGAGAGCCAAAUUUAUUUCAAGAACCAUCCAUGUUUUUCUGGGUCAAAAUUGAUUUGUGACCAACUGACCGAGGCGCACUCAACUUGCUAAAGAGCCGCAUGUGCCUUGCGAGCCGCGCUUUGCCAACCACUGAACUAGGUCAUCUAAAGGCCAUCUUUGAGGUCUUACUGUAGUGUUAUUAUAAGACAUAAAUAAUGAUUAUUUCUGGUCAUGUAAUUAUAUUUUAUUAAAACUAAUAAGUACUUGUGCUUCAACCAAGUAAUAGUUUUAACUAUACUAUAAAUGUCUGACCUAAAUAGUGAAGCUGCUGGCAAGAGUUAGAAAAACUUGAUAAAUGCUCGACCCAAGAAGAGUGGAUUGUUUUUCAUUUUAACUUUCCGAUUUUCUCCUUAGGUAUGGGUCCACAACAUACCAUGCAAAUAGCCGAACGUCUGUACACGCAAGGAUACAUUAGCUAUCCUAGAACUGAAACCAAUUCAUAUCCUGAAAACUUUGACUUGAGGUGGGAUAAAAAUUCAUGCUCUUGAAAUAACAGGGUUUUUUUUUCUCCAAUUAUUAGGAUAGUUCAAAUUUAAUAAUUACAGGUUGUUUUUUUUAAAUAAUAAUAAGUUAUACGUCAACAUAAAAAUAUAUUAAACAUAUUUUUAUCCAUAAAAAAUAUAACUUUUUCGAGGAUUAUUUUUCAAGUGUAGCGUUUAAAAAUAUUAGAUUUCCUGCAACAACACCACAUUUUUUGUCACACAUUGUUGUGAGAAAAGAUUUCUUUGUUAGAAAUAUAAAAUCCUGCAUUAAAAAAUCCUAUAUUAUCAUUCAAAAUCUGAUCUUGAAACAGGGGCACCCUAAAACAGCAGGCAUCACAUCCUCAUUGGGGAAAAUAUGUCACAGAGUUGCUGCAGAAUGGAAUAGAGAAGCCCAAGUAAGAGCUCAGCGAGCUUGACUUGUAUCUAUAAUAUCUGUGCUUUAGUAUUUUAAAACUAUGGUCAAAAAGUUAAGAACUAUUUUUAAAAAUUAAUCCCAACUGCAUGUUUAAUUACUUUUAAUUGCAAUUUUUAAGUCACAUUUUUAGCAGUUAACAAGGGUCUAUAUUUUGUUGAUAAGGUUUUGUGUUGAUUAUUUUUGUUCAGAAAAGGCCAUGAUGCUGGUGACCAUCCACCCAUUACACCUAUGAAAUCUGCCACCGAAGGGGAACUGGAACAUGACAGUUGGAGACUCUAUGAUUACAUUACCAGACAUUUUAUUGGCACUGUAAGUCUAAAAAUUGUACUUUCUUAAAUGGACAUGCUGACUUCAUAAUAGAGUGUCAUUCUCUUUCUUAGUACCAACAAUGACAUUUUGAGCUAAAAGUGAAAUAGAUGUUACAUUUUUUUCUAAUAGUUCCAUAUUAGUGCGUAAUUUUUAUUCUAGGCAUGGAUACAUUUACAUACAUUAGGUUGUAGCACUUGAACACUAAGAUUAGACACAUAUUUUUACAUGACUGUCGCCAUUGCCUGUAGUUUGGUAUGGUCAGCCAAAGGGAGAAUGGUUAACAAGCCGACUAAAGUUGUAACCCUCUGUGCAUGUCAUGUUGCAGAUAAGUCCCAACUGUACCUACAUGCAGACCACCAUUUACUUUGAGAUUGGCUCUGAGAAGUUUUCUUGCACUGGUAAAGUCCUCAUUGAUCCUGGCUUCACUACCAUCAUGCCAUGGCUGCAGCUGGGGGAGGAUGAGGAGGUGCCAACUUUGAAGAAAGAUGAAAAGCUGACAGUAGACGACGUAAGUGCAAUUAUAACAUGCUAACUUUAUACCUUGCAAAUAGACAUUCCGGAGGACAACAAUAACCUAUCAUUUAAAAAAGGCAGAGAUAAAAUUUAAUAACAUAAAAAAAAAAAUUGGGAUGCCAUUCAAUUUCUAAGUGACCGCCUAAAUUAGCAUAUCAAAAGCUGUUUAAAUAUCAAAAGCUGGGUUUUUUUUUUUUUAAUGUCCACUGUGCACACUGGUUUUGAUAAAUCUUCAUUUGCAUUAGGGUAAAAUUCUUACAUAUUACCGUAUUUUAAUACCUAAUGAAGUGUGCUGGCACAUUGCUACCUUAACUAAGAGAUGGAAGGUUUAAUUUUCUUUGUGUUUAACUGCAUUUAUGGUCUGGUUGAAUGAACACCACAGCCCCAUCAUCUGAGGGUGGUCAACCUUAUUAAAAUAAUGGCCUUGACCAAUUUGGAUGAGAUUAAAAAAUGUCCAUUUAAAAAUAGCUGUAGUCUAGUCAGUUGUUUUACUCCUGUGAGAACAAACAACAACUAAAUAAUUUAAUACCGGUACCUCUAAUAAAACUUAAGUGCACAAAUUAUUACCAUGUACAUUUAAAACAGUUGAAAAAGUUGAACCAUGUUAAAGAUACUUAAACCGGUUGGUUCAAACCCUAUGGUUUCUUUAGGUGAAGCUUGUAGAGAAACAGACAAGUCCUCCGGAUUACUUGACUGAGAGUGAACUGAUCACACUGAUGGAAAAACACGGCAUCGGCACCGACGCCAGUAUCCCCGUCCAUAUCAAUAAUAUAUGUGAACGUAACUAUGUCAACAUUAUCGCCGGCAGGAAACUGAAACCAACCGCCCUGGGCAUUGUGCUUGUCCAUGGAUAUCAGAAGGUCAGUGGGUAGCCGAAUUAGAGUUUAUGUGCAUUAUAAGAUGAAAAAGUUUAGUUAUAGACAUCUGGUGUAAUAAUCGUAUUCAUUUUAUAAUGUGGAAGCGAUGGAGGAGGGAACUGAUUUAAUGUCUGCCUUGUAAUGUGCCUUGUUAUAAGGAUAAUGUGUUGCAUCAAAGUUCUUGAUUUUUUAAAAUAGUUUCAAUAACACUGGGAAACAGAGUAAGAUCCAAAGACAUGUUGGACCUAAGAACAACUAUAGAAUAAAAAAUGGCUUUAUUAGAGAUCUUAGAGAGUAACAGAAUUAUUAAAUGUACAUACUUUCUGCCCUAUGCCACCCUAUGCACCAGUACGCAUAAUCCCCAAAAUCAACAAGCCCUCCACCCUGCAGUGUGCACGUAAUCAACGGAUGGACACAUACCAGACUGAUGGACACAUAUCAGACUAAUUUAAAAUUUUAAAUCUAGUGACUCUUUCCUCUUUAAAAUCGUUAUUAUGCUUCCAGGCAUUUUGCACUGUAAAUAUCCAUAUACGCCUGUGGAUGUCCACAACCCUUUGGUGGGGAUGGGUUGGGAGUAAGCCACAUGCGGACUAGGGGGAGGGGGUGCACAAAAUGCAUAUUUUGUUUGGACGUCCUUUAUGGACAAACCCUAGUUCUUGGCGUUUAUUUCCUUUUUGAAAACAGAUUGAUGUGGACCUGGUGCUACCAACUAUGAGGUCAGCGGUGGAGCAACAGCUGACACUUAUUGCCCAAGGGAAAGCUGACUUCCAUGAUGUCAAGCAACAUGCCAUUGACAUAUUUCACAGAAAGUUCAGAUAUUUUGUGGACUGCAUCAGUGCUAUGGAUGAGUUGUUUGAAAUGACCUUUUCAUCCUUGGCCGACAGCGGGAGACCCCUGUCUCGGUAUGUCAGUCAUAAAUAAUACAAUGUGUAAAUUAAUCAAACUCGUGCGUGAUCUGAUUUGAAGAUUUUCUAAGCUUAACAUGUAGCCCACUUUGCACUCCUUGUAAAUAGUUUUCUAUGUAAGUUGCCGUACUGACCACAUGAUUAAUUUGAACAAGGCAACGACAUCAAACAUUUUCAGGUUGAACGUAAAUCUGAAAACCAACAAGAAAGUUUUUGUUUGUCGUAUCAUGUGACAUUUAUAUUUAGUCAUGUUCUCUUCAGAUGUGGCAAGUGCAGGAGGUACAUGAAGUUUGUGCAAGCAAAACCAUCUCGACUCUACUGUUGUUCAUGUGAUACUACAUUUUCACUGCCACAGAAUGGAAACAUCAAACUAUACAAAGAACUGAAAUGUCCUCUGGAUGAGUUUGAGUUAGUUCUGUGGACAACUGGAGCUAAGGGAAAGGUUGGUUACAGAUGGAUUCUUAAUAAAAUUAUUAUUAGAUUUGGCUUAAUGGAUGCAUUUUUUUUUCAUUGACUUUAUCCCAGAUUUUUAAGCUCCAGUUUUGUUUGAACCAUCAUCAACUAUAGCAAUUGGAAAUAUUUAUAUGCCAUGAUGUAUUUGCUGUUAAAAUACUAAAUGCACUAACUGAAACUGUCCAAUUAGCUGAAGGAGAAUUAAAAUUAUAUUCUUUUUAGUCAUGCAAUUUGUAAAUAAGAGCUCAAUUAGCAUUUCAUGAUUUUAUCUUCUCGCAGACCUACCCGUUAUGUCCAUACUGUUAUAACAACCCACCAUUUAAUGACAUGCGUAAAGGAAUGGGAUGCAAUGAAUGCACACAUCCCACUUGCUCCCAUUCUUUUGGACAGAAUGGUGUAUCAGAGUGUGUAGAGUGUGACAAUGGUGUGUUAGUUCUUGAUCUGACUUCAGGACCCAAAUGGAGAAUGGCAUGUAACAAGUAAGGAUAUUGUAUUUUAUACUUUCACAUUUUGUCAUAACUGAUUUGUUAUUAAUUGAGCAGAUAUGAGCAAUCUGUGAUAUUCCAGCUGUGUAUUAUUGCGGUGAUUGCAGCUGUGUAUUAUUGCGGUGAUUGCAGCUGUGUAUUAUUGCGGUGAUUGCAGCUGUGUAUUAUUGCGGUGAUUACAGCUGUGUAUUAUUGCGGUGAUUACAGCUGUGUAUUAUUGCGGUGAUUACAGCUGUGUAUUAUUGCGGUGAUUACAGCUGUGUAUUAUUGCGGUGAUUGCAGCUGUGUAUUAUUGCGGUGAUUGCAGCUGUGUAUUAUUGCGGUGAUUCCAGCUGUGUAUUAUUGCGGUGAUUGCAGCUGUGUAUUAUUGCGGUGAUUCCAGCUGUGUAUUAUUGCGGUGAUUGCAGCUGUGUAUUAUUGCGGUGAUUGCAGCUGUGUAUUAUUGCGGUGAUUCCAGCUGUGUAUUAUUGCGGUGAUUCCAGCUGUGUAUUAUUGCGGUGAUUCCAGCUGUGUAUUAUUGCGGUGAUUCCAGCUGUGUAUUAUUGCAGUGAUUCCAGCUGUGUAUUAUUGCGGUGAUUCCAGCUGUGUAUUAUUGCGGUGAUUGCAGCUGUGUAUUAUUGCUUUCCUUUUUUUUUUUUUUUCUUUGGCUCAAAAUUCUCAUCCAAUAUUAAUGAUAUAUUUUUGUCUCCCUUCUUGCCAACAAUGUUGAAACGAUUUGUGUUUUUUUUUUUGUUAAGUAAUUUUUUUUUAUUGUUGUUGUUUCCUGCUGUGUAUUUUUGCGGUGAUUGCUGCUGUGUAUUAUUGCUUUUUUUUUUUUUUUUUUUCUUUGGCUCAAAAUGCACAUCCAAUAUUAAUGAUAUAUUUUUGUCUCCCUUCGUGCCAACAAUGCUGAAAAGAUUUGUGUUUUUUUUUCUGAUAAGUAAUUUUCUUUUAUAAUUUAAAAAUGAGACGGAUGUUGGUAAAUGAUUACCUUGACAGUUCAAUUAUUCUUUCAGGUGCAAUGUUGUAAUUCACUUCUUUGACGGAGCCACCAAAGUAAGUGUGAAAGAAGACUCGUGUGAAGAUUGUGGUGCCAAUGUUGUAGAGGUCGCAUUCAAGGUAAGGCAUUGGUUUGUAAACAGGGUGGAAAAAUAAACUAAGCACUUCAUGAGGUGUUCAUUUUUAACAAAAAUAUUGAUGAUACUGAAAAGAAUCGGGUAGAUAAGAAAAGAAUCUUAUGCCGAAACUAAUAAAUGGACAUGUAUUUUAUUACAAUGUAUUCAUUCAUUUUCGAAACAUAGAUUAUAGAUAAAUAUUCUUGCCAAGGCAACAUUUUUUAAACUAGAACAAUGUAAACACAAGAUAGCUUAAGUAUUUCUCAAGGGCAAAAAUCAGCUGUCAUAGAACUUUACUCCCUUGAUAACAAUAUUGACUUUAACUGGUUAGCUACAUUAAGUUGUUGUUGGCGCCUAACUUUCCUUCUAUUAAGGCCAUGAGCUGCAGCAAAUAUCAGGGUGUGUUUCACAAUAAAACUAGAGCUAUAGUUAUAGUCUUACUUUUGUUUCUGUUUGAAAUUUAAUUGAUCUACAGAAAGAUAAUGGACAGUUCAAGAAUCAAAUCACUAUUUAUCUGACUUAACUAAAGCUGAUCUUAUUAUGGGCAUGGCUUUCUAAUUAAGCUGAUCUUAUAAUGGGCAUGGCUAUCUAACUAAAGCUGAUCUUAUAAUGGGCAUGGCUAUCUGACUAAAGCUGAUCUUAUAAUGGGCAUGGCUAUCUAACUUAAGCUGAUCUUAUAAUGGGCUUGGCUUUCUAAUUAAGCUGAUCUUAUAAUGGGCUUGGCUUUCUAAUUAAGCUGAUCUUAUAAUGGGCAUGGCUUUCUAACUAAAGCUAAUCUUACAUUUGAGUCCACGUCUGUCCAAGAUCUUGAUGAUUCAUUUUUGACCAAGCUUGGUUGAUGAAACUAUAUUAAAGACAUGUGAUUUGAUUCAAAUUAGUGCAAAAACAGAAAAAAUUGAAGAUCCUAUACCUGUGUUGUGGAGGUCAGGAACAUCUGGCUAAGCCAUGUACUAAUAGAUAACAUUAUUUUUCACUACCAUUUAACUGUACACUGGUGUAGCAGAAUAUUUUAGUUAUCCCCCUGUGCUUAGGUAGAUAGGAAGGUUUACUUCAAAAGCAGGCAGGAUAAUAGCUGGUUAUUUUAUAAUCUUGGAGUUUAAUUGGAUCAAAUUCUUGUGGUAAGCAAGAGGUUAAUUAAAAUGGAGCAUUUACUGGUAACUAGCUAAACUAAACUUGUUUUACAGGAAGGCAAAAGUCCUUUACCAGAAGCCAGAUCUGAACACACAGGCUGCGUGUUCUGCGAUGCCGUGUUCAAACCAUUAAUGGAGAAACAUCAUGCAGUUGCGCUCAGAAGGAGCGGCGGAGCUCGGGCCACCCGAGGAGGAAGAGGGAGAGGCAGGGGAAGAGGUAGAGGACGCGGCAGAGGAAAACCAAAGGACAAAAUGGCACAACUGGCUGCAUAUUUUGUGUAAUUAAAUUUAAAGACAAUAACUUCAAUGUGCAAUGUUAAUUCUCUUUAGUCAGACUCUGUCAGUUGUCACCACUGUUAUUCACAAAAUUUAAAUAUUAAUAACAAAACAUUUUACUCUUUACUGUAAUAGAAAUUAAAAUGCUAUUAAUGAAUAAAUAUUUAUCUUAGUCUCACA